AUGAUUCCUAUAUGUCCGGUAGUUUCGUUCACCUAUGUGCCCAGCCGGCUGGGAGAAGAUGCCAAAAUGGCCACCGGCAACUACUUUGGUUUCACCCAUAGCGGGGCUGCCCAGUAUAGCCAGCAGCCAGCUUCGGGUGUAGCCUACUCCCAUCCAACUACAGUUGCUAGCUACACUGUCCACCAGGCACCAGUUGCUGCACACACCGUUACUGCAGCCUAUGCUCCAGCAGCAGCCACAGUUGCAAUGGCCAGGCCUGCUCCAGUAGCUGUUGCAGCUGCUGCAACAGCUGCCGCGUAUGGAGGCUAUCCUACAGCGCACACAGCUAUGGAUUAUAGUUAUACACAGAGGCAACAAGAAGCUCCACCACCACCACCUCCUGUCACUACACAGAAUUACCAGGAUUCCUAUUCUUAUGUUCGAUCUACCACCCCAGCUGUAGCUUAUGACAGCAAACAAUACUAUCAACAACCAACAGUGACUGCUGUGGCUGUGGCUGCCCAGCCUCAACCUUCAGUAGCUGAAUCGUACUACCAGACAGCUCCAAAAGCAGGAUAUAGCCAAGGGGCAACUCAGUAUACGCAAGCCCAGCAAACGCGACAAGUGACAGCUAUAAAACCCGCAACCCCAAGUCCAGCAACAACUACGUUUCCUAUAUAUCCAGUAUCCUCUACUGUGCAGCCAGUAGCAGCUGCAGCUACUGUGGUUCCAUCCUAUACUCAAAGUGGAACAUACAGUACAACAGCAGUUACUUACUCCGGUACCUCUUAUUCCAGCUAUGAAGCCGCAGUGUAUUCAGCUGCAUCAUCCUAUUACCAGCAGCAGCAGCAGCAACAGAAACAGGCAGUAGCAGCAGCAGCUGCUGCUGCUGCAACAGCUGCUUGGACUGGGACCACCUUUACUAAAAAGGCACCAUUCCAAAAUAAGCAAUUGAAACCAAAGCAAACUCCCAAACCACCCCAGAUCCACUACUGUGAUGUUUGUAAGAUCAGCUGUGCUGGACCACAGACUUAUAAAGAACACUUAGAAGGCCAGAAACACAAAAAAAAAGAAGCAUCACUAAAAGCUUCCCAGAACACCAGUAACAGCAGCACUUCUGCUCGUGGAACUCAGAAUCAGUUGCACUGUGAGCUUUGUGAUGUGUCUUGUACAGGAGCAGAUGCUUAUGCUGCCCAUAUCCGUGGAGCCAAGCAUCAGAAAGUAGUAAAGUUGCACGCAAAACUUGGCAAACCCAUUCCUUCAGCUGAACCAAAUGUGGUUACCCAAGCUACUUCCUCAACAUCCACAUCUGCUUCUAAACAAACUGCCUCUGCUUCAAAUAUAGCAACUGACAGCAGUACUGUGAACUCCUCUGUUGCAUCCUCUGCAGUGAAAAUUCUUACUCUUGUGGCAAACGCACCACUUAACAUGACAUCCAACAGCAAAACAUCUUCAACUGCUGCUAAUAUAGCUGUAAAGAAAAUAUCUACACCGAAAAUAAACUUUGUUGGUGGUAAUAAGCUUCAGACAACAGGAAGUAAACUGGAAGAAAUGAAAUCAGCUGAAAGUGUUAAAACAACUACUGCUGCAAUAGUACAAACACAGGAAAUAAAACGAGACACAGUAGCUGAACCAGUGACUCCCACGACUCUUGCUACCUUGCAAAGUGAUGUCCAGCCAGUGGGCCAUGACUAUGUGGAGGAGGUAAGAAAUGAUGAAGGAAAGGUGAUCCGCUUUCACUGUAAACUUUGUGAAUGCAGUUUUAAUGAUCCUAAUGCCAAGGAGAUGCACUUAAAAGGGAGGCGGCACAGACUUCAGUAUAAGAAAAAAGUAAACCCAGACUUACAAGUAGAAGUAAAGCCUAGUAUUCGAGCAAGAAAAAUUCAAGAAGAGAAGAUGAGGAAACAGAUGCAGAAAGAAGAAUAUUGGAGAAGGCGAGAAGAGGAAGAACGCUGGAGGAUGGAAAUGAGGCGAUAUGAAGAGGACAUGUACUGGAGGAGAAUAGAGGAAGAGCAGCAUCACUGGGAUGACCGUCGCAGAAUACCAGAUGGAGGAUAUCCUCAUGGUCCUCCAGGACCUCUAGGCCUGCUGGGAGUUAGACCAGGAAUGCCUCCUCAGCCCCAAGGACCAGCUCAUCUACGCCGCCCUGACUCCUCUGAUGACCGCUAUGUGAUGACCAAACAUGCUGCUAUAUAUCCAACAGAGGAGGAACUUCAAGCAGUCCAAAAAAUUGUUUCGAUUACUGAACGUGCUUUGAAACUUGUUUCUGACAAUAUGACUGACCAUGAAAAAAGCAAGAACAAAGAGGGGGAUGACAAAAAGGAUGGCGGUAAAGACAGAGCUUUGAAAGGAGUUUUACGGGUAGGCGUUUUGGCUAAAGGUUUGCUACUCCAUGGAGACCGAAACAUCAAUCUUGUUUUGUUAUGUGCUGAGAAGCCUUCAAAGAUGUUACUCAGUCGCAUUGCUGAAAGCCUUCCCAAACAACUUGCAGUAAUAAGUCCUGAGAAUUAUGAUAUCAAAUGUGCAGUCCCAGAAGCAGCAAUAAUUUUAAAUUCAUGUGUGGAACCCAAAAUGCAAGUUACUAUCACACUGACAUCUCCAGUCAUUCGGGAGGAGAACAUGAGGGAUGGAGAUGUAACAUCGGGUAUGGUGAAAGACCCACCGGACGGCUUGGACAGGCAAAAAUGCCUUGAUGCUCUGGCUGCUCUACGCCACGCUAAGUGGUUCCAGGCUAGAGCUAAUGGUCUGCAGUCCUGUGUGGUUAUCAUACGUAUUCUUCGUGAUCUCUGUCAACGGGUUCCAACUUGGUCUGAUCUUCCAAGCUGGGCUAUGGAGUUGCUUGUGGAAAAAGCAAUUAGCAGCGCUGCUGGACCACAGAGUCCUGGGGAUGCACUGAGAAGAGUUUUUGAGUGUAUAUCUUCAGGAAUCAUCCUUAAAGGUGGUCCUGGCCUUCUGGACCCUUGUGAGAAAGAUCCUUUUGAUACACUUGCUGUAAUGACAGAUCAGCAACGAGAGGAUAUUACUUCAAGUGCGCAGUUUGCACUGAGACUCCUUGCAUUCCGUCAAAUACACAAAGUUUUAGGAAUGGAUCCAUUACCACAGAUGAAUCAACGAUUCAACAUCCAUAAUAGUCGUAAAAGGAGAAGAGAAAGUGAUGGGGUUGAUGGAUUUGAAACAGAGGGGAAAAAAGACAAAAAAGAUUAUGAUAACUUUUAA